UUCAAACUGAGAAGGCGCAUCACUAGCACUUUCUCGAAUUUCCUUAGAUAGGAUUUUAGAAAUACUUGGUAAAAUCUUUGGAAACUAAUGCAAAUGGAUGAGCAGAUUUUCACCUGUGGCUUCGAAGUGUUCGGUGAGGUGCAGGGCGUCAAGUUGAGGCGGGCAACGCGAUCGUUGGCGCUAUCGAAUGGAGUGCGUGGCUGGGUGAUGAACACGGAUCGUGGCACUGUCCAGGGGGAGCUGGAGGGCACGCUGCCAAAGGUUAAUGAGCUCAAGUUCUGGCUGCUCUGCUUUGGCAGCGAGCGUGCGAUCAUCGAGAGAGCCGAGUUUACGCCCACCAAGGAGAUACCUGUGCAUAAUUUCGAUGACUUCACCAUACGCUGCCAUUCAUAUCAGCUGGAAGAUCACUAGACAAGUGAGCACAGAGAGAGAUAGGAAGAUAUUAGUUGUUAUUGUUUUGGCGUGGACAAAAUUGAUUGAUUGAUGACUGACAGAUGACUGAUAUUGAUAUCGUUAUGUUAUGUUAUGCUCAGCUUAAAACUGGAAUAAACGCAGUGCAGAUCUUAAGCGUCUUCCUUAUGUGAAUGUUUCCCAUCUCCCUCUCUCUCUGGGUUGAGGCAUCAUUUAUAAACCUCAAGCUCAAGCUCGUUGCCAGCUACUAAUUAAGCAUUGCCAAGCUACAUGGGCACACACACACACACACACGCUCAAACACACACGGAUAGACAGACAGACUGACGGCCAACACAGACACCUGCAGCCUCUUGCUGGGCCGCAUUUCCAGUUGAGCGCCGCCGCCCCAAACUGGCAAUGAGUUAUUUUUCUUUUCUUUUUUACGUGGCAACAACGAAGCAACAGCUACAGCUACAUCUACAGCAUAAGCAAACUGAAACAGCGUCAUAGAAAUGGCAGCUAUUGUUGCUGCCACCAUUGCCACCACAUAUUGCCAAAGCGUUGAGGCCAAUUGCGUUGCCAGAGAAUUAGAAAUGAAAUGAGUUUGUUUCACAUAAUAUACAACUAAUAAAUAUUCCAAAUUCAGAUUA